CCAUAUUUUUGUAUUUGUUUUCUUAAAUUACUUAUUGCCUUUUCUUGUUGGCACAAUAAAGAGACGAGAGUACUUGACACUGAUGCAUGUAAAAUUCGCUUGCUGCGCUAACAUUUUACACAAGAGGGCGACAGAAAAUAUUCAAAUUUGUUGGGAUAUUUUACUUCCAAACAGACAUUUUUCGACAAAAAGAAUACGAGUGCAAAUAGGUUACAACCUGUCUUGCCAGCCCCAACAUUCAUGCAUUGCUGCAAGCUAACUGGCUACUAGUAGCUUCGACUUGAGGGAUUGUUCCUUAACGUGCGCGAAGAACAAAUCGCUUCCCUCUUUUGAAGAGGAUAAAGAGGACCGGAGCUGCAUAGCUUGUUCUGAAUGUCAUUUUCCUGGGGUCUGGAUUUUAUUCUACCAACGGAGUUGAUCUAAAUCAGGCUAUUCCAUCACCUAGUAUCUUGAUAUUAGGACGACAGCGACGGGUGUCGGAAAGGUGUUACGAGGCAGCACAGAGGCAGAGAGUGAGGAUGCUGACUGGUAAAUUGGUAAAAGACAUUGACAGAUAUCAAGCUGUCCUUACCUCGUUACUAUCACUCGAGGAGAACAAAUUCUGCGCGGAUUGUGAAUCCAAAGGUCCCAGAUGGGCGUCAUGGAACCUGGGUAUAUUCAUCUGUAUCCGCUGUGCUGGGGUCCACAGGAACCUGGGCGUCCACAUCUCCAGGGUCAAGUCUGUCAACUUGGACCAAUGGACACAGGAACAGAUACAGUGUGUUCAGGAGAUGGGGAAUGCCAAGGCCAGACGACUUUAUGAAGCUUUCCUACCAGAGUGCUUCAUACGACCAGAGACUGACCAGUCAGCAGAGAUGUUCAUCAGGGACAAAUAUGAGAAGAAGAAGUACAUGGACAAGAUCCUAGAUGUCAACAGGCUUAGAAAAGAGAAGAGCUGUGAAAACAUCCCCAUGGAGCCAGUAGUGUUUGAGAAGAUGAAGUUGAAGAGAGAAACCAGCCCAAAGACACAGACCCAGUCUCCAUCUAUCUCAGACCUCCUAGGACUUGACGCUCCUGCUCCUCAUGCUGUUGUAUCUAAUGGUAGAUCCAGCCCUGGAGAGAGAGGGUGUCCUGCGGUGGCUAACCCAGCUACGAUGCACUCUGACCUGAAUCUAUUCAGCCCCCUGCCUGCCUCCUCCACCACCUCCACCAAGACCACACUGGUGGGUAGCUCCAUGCCCAGGGGUUGUGUGGCUGCGUCGGUACCCGAGAACCUCAGCCUGUUCCUGGACUCAGCACCCAGACAGGAGGGCUCUAGGACAAAGAUGUCUAAGGACUCCAUCCUCUCCCUCUACGCAACCACACCCACAUGGCACCAGAACCUGGCUGCACGAGCUGGCCUGUACAUGAACCCAGCCCAGCUGGGCUACUACGGAUCAUACCAUUCCCUGGCCACGCAGGGGGGAGCAAUGGGAGGAGGCAUGAUCACAUCACACUCCAUGAUGGCCCUGAGUGGUCAGCAGCAGAACGGUGUGAUGGGAGGACAGCAGAACGGAAUGGUACUAGCACAGCAGAAUUGCUUUAUGGCUCAACAGGGUGUCAUGGGGCAAGCGGUCAACACAUCCCCGUUCCUGGUAGGAGUGCCCCACAACAUGAUUGCUCAGCAGCAAAGCAUCAUGGGAGCUCAGCAGAACGGCAUGAUGGGAGCUCAGCAGCAAAGCAUCAUGGGAGCUCAGCAGAACGGCAUGAUGGGAGCUCAGCAGAACGGCAUGAUGGGAGCUCAGCAGAACGGCAUGAUGGGAGCUCAGCAGAACGGCAUGAUGGGAGCUCCGCAGAACGGCAUGAUGGGAGUUCCGCAGAACGGCAUGAUGGGAGCUCAGCAGAACGGUAUGACGGGAGUUCAGCAGAACGACAUGAUGGGGGCUCAGCAGAACGGCAUGAUGGGGGCUCAGCAGAACGGCAUGAUGGGAGCUCAGCAGAACGGUAUGACCGGAGCUCAGCAGAACGAUAUGAUGGGAGCUCAGCAGAACGGUAUGACGGGGGCUCAGCAGAACGGCAUUAUGGGAGCUCAGCAGAACGGUAUGAUGGGAGCUCCGCAGAACGGCAUGACGGGGGCUCAGCAGAACGGCAUUAUGGGAGCUCAGCAGAACGAUAUGAUGGGAGCUCCGCAGAACGGCAUGACGGGGGCUCAGCAGAACGGCAUUAUGGGAGCUCAGCAGAACGGUAUGAAGGGGGGAGUGGCGGCCGUGCCUCAGCAGGUGUACGGAGUACAGGAGUGUCAGCAGCAACAGUGGAACAUCACUCAGAUGACCCAGCACAUGGCAGGAGUGAACUUUUACGGAGCCAACGGCAUGAUGGGAUACGGCGGUCAGCACAUGGAAAGACCAACGACUCAAAGCUCCACCCACACGAUGACAUCACACAUCUGGAAGUGAUGUCAUUAUCUGAAGAGGAAGUGAAGUUGAUGUCACUGGAGCAGCAGUGGUUCUUGGGAGGUUUCGAUCUGGCCUCAUGUACAGGCCAGCUUUUCUACUAAACUCUCCAUCAGACAAUUAACAGGGGAGGAGGAGGAGGGUGGAGAAGUUUAUAUAGGAGCUAUUUCUAGCUCUCCUCUCCUCUCCUCUCGCCUCUCCUCCUCUUCACUCCUCUCCUCUUCACUCCUCUCUUCACUCCUCUCCUCCUCUUCACUCCUCUCCUC